AUCACUGGAACAGGUUAAAACAAUGUCAAAGAAACGAGGCUUAAGUGCAGAAGAAAAGAGAGUCAGAAUGCUCGAAAUCUUUCAUCAUAGUAAAGAUUUUUAUCAGUUGAAGGAGCUAGAAAAAAUAGCACCAAAAGAGAAAGGAAUUACUAUGCAGUCCGUAAAGGAAGUUAUUCAGAGCUUGUUAGAUGAUCAUCUGAUUGAUUCAGAAAAAAUUGGGACUUCCAUAUAUUUUUGGUCAUUUCCUAGCAAAGCUAAUAAUGCUAAAAAACGAAAAGUGCACGACUUACAAAAUGAAAUAGAUGAUUGUUCAAAGAAAAUUAAAACAACAGAGGAAGCUAUUUCUGUGGAAUCUAAAGGGCGGGAGGUCGGAGAUGAAAGAACUGAAAUAUUGUCACUUUUGGAAAUGGUUCAAAAACAAGAAGAUAAUCUUAAGAGGGAACUUCAAAAGUACAGGGAUUCUGAUCCCGAGUACAUUGCUCAAUUGAAGACUGAAAUAGGUGAUCUCAAAUCUGCUAUUAAUAGAUGGACAGAAAACAUUUAUAUCCUUAAGUCUUACAUUAAAAAUACAUUUCAAAUGGAGAGCAAUGUUAUCGAUCAGAGCUUUAACAUUCCACAAGAUUUUGAUUUUAUUGACGCAUAGUUUCCUUCAAAUAACAUUAAGCUAAAACUUGGUUUAUUAGAACAUUAAAUAAAUUGAAAUACCUUUUCAAUUAACAUAACAUUAUUAUAGUAUAUUCUGAAAGAAUAAAUAAUAGAAGCGCUUUUUACAAGAAGACUGUUCAGAUCGACAGUUGUAAUGGAUGCAAUAAAGUUAA